AUGCAUCAACGAAGCAGCCAUUCGAAUAUGUCAACAACAUAUGUCUCUUCACGUUCGAGUAGUUCCCAACCGACUGACUCAACAAAUGCUCGUCUAGUUGCUUUUUGUUCAACAUCAUCAAGAUCUUCGUCGAUUUCGACAUCAUCAACAAACGACAUCGAACAUCUAUAUGUCCCACGUCCAUCAAUUGAAUCCGAUUUUCUCUUUGAAUCAUGUCUUAUCGUAUUUAAAAUGAUUUCUCUCUUCUUACAGUAUUUGUUAAUCUACAAAUCAGAGAAAUGGAUCGGUCCUUAUCAUUCACCAUCAGAUUCGUUUAUGGAUUGGUAUCGAAUAGAUUAUUGUAUUGUGACCAUUUUAGUCGUAUUUUGCAUAUCAUUCCAAGAAAGAUUCUUUCCUCUUCGCAUUCUAAUCAACAUUAUUGCAUUUAUCUAUUCAUAUUGGUUUUACUCGUGGAAAUAUGUUUUGGCUUUUACUUAUCCACUUGUUUGUUCAUUGCUUGUUUAUCAAGAUCAGAAUUCCAAAUCGAAUAAAUCCCAACAAAUGUCCAUUUCCUCGAAUUCACUACCUGCACAUUGGUGCUCAACAAAUGCGUACGAUCUUCGCUAUGAAACCGAUUGUCUCCGAAUGGAUUUCAAUCAACGUAUUCGACAUAUCCUCUUUUCUUCAUUUCUAUCGUUUUACUACAUUUGCAUCGUUCCAUUAGCAUUUUGUGAUACACAGCAUAUUCGCCUUGAUAUUCUUCUUCUUCUUCAAUAUGGCUUCAGUUUAUUUCUUAGUUUAAUUAUGAUUUAUAUCAGUCAUUAUUUACCUUUGGAAUUGUUAACUGUGCUUCAUCGGAACGGGAAACAUCUUGGCUUAUGGCAAUGUUUACCAACCCAUAAUCAUCCAUCAAUGAUUCCACUAUGGGAUGAAAAGAAUCCUACAGCGUAUGAAGCGAACUCAAUUGUAAAACAUAAACGACAGAUAUAUCGUUCAUCAAACUCUUCUUCAACUGUUGCUGAACCGGGUAAUAUGUAUCAUGCUCGUUUUGCAAUUUUAUUCGGUCGACCAAUGAUUUUCCCGUUAAUUCUAUGUUCAUUACAAAUCAUACUUUCGAUUAUCCAGUUCACCUUUAUUUUCCUUGAUCCACGCUGGUUUGUCGUCGUUUCACAAAUGAUUUUGUUUAUUAUGAAUACAUAUACUAUUCGACAUACGAUACGCGAUACGUAUUUACUCUAUUUAGUUUAUUAUUGA